AUGGUGAAGGGUAAGUCGACCAAGGGUAGGCAAAGGAUUGAGAUGAAGCGCAUCAAAGGUGAGGAGGCACGGCAGGUAUGCUUCUCCAAGCGACGCCCAAGCUUAUUCAAGAAGGCUAGCGAGCUUUCCACCCUAUGCGGUGCAGAGGUUGCUGUUGUCACGUUCUCCCCUGGUGGCAAAUGCUUGUCAUUUGGCCAUCCCUCUACUUUGUCUGUUGCUGACCGCUUCCUUGCCGCGCAUACUUUGGAUGGCCUCACCAUUGGAAGUGAUAGCCAUGGUACUCAAGGGUUGACCGGUAGUAGUCAAGAGAUGAAUCAGCAGGUUAUGGAGUUGCAAAAAUUAAUGGAGACCGAGAAGAGGAGGAAGGAGAUGCUAGUAGACGCUAUGGAUAGGGAGAGUGGGGGGCCUGUAAUGCAACUGUUGAAUGCCAAUGUUAGUGCAUUAGGGAUACAUGAGUUGGAGCAGUUGAGAAAGGAGCUUUGUAUGGUACAAGACAUGGUUAAGGAGAAGUCCCACGAGAUGCUGCAAGAUGCCAUGCAAACAAGAAGGCUGCCACCACAACCUCCUAUGCAUAUGGCAGCAAUGCCCUGGCAAGUUUUGUCUGGUGACCAGAGGGCCGGAACCAUGUAUACCACUGUUCCCAGUUCGAGCAGUGGACCAUGUGAAGGGCUUCACGCCAGCUCUCUGCUCCAUUGUUCCCAUGGUGGUCUUGGCAAUUACUCUAAUGGUCAAUAUGGAGGCUGA